AUGUUAAAUCCUGAGGAGAACCCUGUGGUAGAUGUGAGAAGUGAAGCCUCUAAUUUAACAGAGCGGAUACAGGACUACGACGUGUCAUUGGACAAGGCCCUGGAUGAGCUCAUGGACGGAGACAUCAUCGUCUUCCAGAAAGACGACCCAGAGAACGACAGCAGUGAGCUGCCCACAGCCAAGGACUACUUCCGGGACCUCUACCACCGAGUGGACGUUAUCUUCUGUGACAAGACCAUCCACAACGACCCCGGCUUUGUCGUCACCCUCUCCAACAGGAUGAACUACUUCCAGGUAACACACACUACCAACAGGAUGAACUACCAGGUCAGCAAGAGGUCACACCGUCUUGCAUUGUGGACGUUCCUUCAACAUUUUGGGUAUUGUUCCAUAAAGCUAGUGUGUUUAAAGACAUGCUCUGGUACUUUGGGUAUUGUUCCAUAAAGCUAGUGUGUUUAA